UGGAGUUUGAAAUUCACGUUUGUGUAUGAGGUAACAAACCUAAAUGACAAGGCUGUUUUCUUCUGUUAUUUGUAAUAUGUUGUGUGUGUUCCAUUCCUUGAGAUUAAUGCAUUAACAAAUUUUAUACUUUGAAAACUUUUAACUAUAGUCAAUAAUAUGUUGCAUUAUUGUAGCACAGGCCUCAUAUUUAGAUGUGCUUUUAGUAUGGAAAUGGCAUUUGCUGUGGCCUCCAAAGUUUAUCAUUGCAAUUCAGCAUAUUGGGCAUUUCUAGUAAAUAUAUUCUUAAUGCUUAGCAAAAUGUGACUUUUAUUGUUUAUUUAAUCAAGAACAGACUUGUAUAAAAUAAGGUGAAAAUUCUUGCUCUGAUUAUUGUCCCCUAAUUUACUGUCCUCUGUUGUUGCCUCAGAGUGUAAAGCUGUACAGUAAUGGCGACCCCAAAGAAAAAGCAUGAAAGAACCUUUAGAGUAGAAUUCAAGAAUUAAGGCAAGUAGACAAGCCAAAGACCUCUUAAGGAUCAGGCUUGAAGAGAAGGGAAAGUUUGGGAAAAGAAAAUAUAAAGAAAAGCUGGAAGAAGGACAAGCCAUAAUGGGAGAAAAAGCUUCGCUUUAUCUACAAAUGGGGGAAAAGGUUGUUUUUCAAAGUGUAAAGAUAAAGCCAUCUGUCACUUUUGACCAAGCAUCUCAAGUCCUUCUGACAAGCACUUAAAGAGUUAAAGGUCAAGAUGAAGUUGACUGGUGGCCAAGAUAAAAGGAGCCUUACCUGAUAUGUCCGGGAUGCUGAAGAUGCCCUUCAUAAUUUGGAUCGGAAAUGGAUUUGUGGCCGCCAAAUAGAAAUCCAGUUUGCUCAAGGAGAUCGGAAAACACCAAACCAAAUGAAAGCUAAGGAAGGAAGAAAUGUGUAUAGCUCAUCUCGUUAUGAUGAUUAUGAUAGAUACCGGCGUUCAAGAAGUCGCAGUUAUGAAAGGCGGUCAAGAAGCCGAUCUUUUGAUUACAACUAUCGCAGAUCUUAUAGUCCUAGAAACAGUAGACCUGCUGGAAGACAUCGCCGUAGCAGAAGUCGUUCAGAUAAUGAUAGGUUCAGACACCGUAACACAUCUUUUUCAAGGUCAAAGUCCAAUUCAAGAUCACGAUCUAAGUCACCAGCCAAAAAAGAAAUGAAGGCUAAAUCACGGUCUAGGUCUACAUCUCGCACUAAAUCUAGAGACAACUCUAAAAUGGAUUCUAAGGCACAUUAUAAGUCCAGCUCAAGAUAUGAAAAAGAAUCAAGGAAAAAUGAAUCAGCUAGAUCCAAAUCUCAGUCAAGAUCGCAGUCUAGAUCUAGAUCAAAAUCCAGAUCCAGAUCAUGGGCUAGUCCCAAGUCCAGUGGCCACUAAACAGUGUACUUUGUUUUUUAGUCAUGUGUCAUCUAGAUAAACAAUUGAGUUAUGAUGUUGCAACAUUGCUUUAAAAUAAUUUUGUUAGUUAUCCCUGGAGCAGGCAAUUAUUACUAUUAAAAAUACAAUACAGAUAAUCUUACACAAUAGAGUCCACUUUGUUAAAUGUCUUGGGCAGCUGAGAUUCUUGUGUUUCUAUGUAUAUUUUUGUAAAAAAAAAAAAAAAAAAGUAUGGUCUUAUGCUUCAAAUAUCAAUGGUAUCUUGAUCAUCACCAUUUACACUAUUACUUAAUAUCUGCUGUACAGCCAGCAGAUUGAGCAGUUUUGCUGUAGUGACUGAGCUUAAAAAUGUCAGGGUUGUAAAGGGUUGCUUGUCGUGGACACUUGUGCCAAAAUGGUUGGUUCCUUGGGCAUCUGAAAGACAUUGAAAUACUGAUAACUUCUGAAGCGAUGGUCUUGAGAAUAAAUUAGAAAAAGCAGAAAUUACUCACAAUGAUUUACUGUGGAUUUGUCAAAAUCCAGGUGCUUUUCCUAAUAUGUUAACCUCCAAAAAAUACUCAGUUAAAUCGUUAAAUAAAUAUUUGUAUGCAAUGUGGUGGGCUUUGUGAGGUUUAGUGAGCAAAUUCCAUACGGCUUUUUGCUGCAUUAAACAUUCAGAUUGCACAAUGUAUAAACUAAACUUCAACACGAAUGUCUUUAUAAGUAGUUGGCUUACCUAUUUAGUACCCCAGGGUUUUAUUAGCAGUAUUUCUAAAUAGAAGCGACAGUUUUGAGUUUAUACAUCAAUCUAACUUUCUCUUCAGAUCAGGAAGGUUAUUCAAUAUAUGUUGUUUUUGCUUUUGGUAAUAUUAUUUAGACUAUGGAAAGUUGCCAUGGAAUAAUCUCAAAAAUAUUCUCUGGAAGAUAAUAUUGUAUUAAGAACAUAGCUUUUCUGUUGGAAGAAUGAAAGUUGGCAGCAGGAAAAUUUAAUAUCAAAGAUGUCUUUUAAAAUGCUGGCUGUUCAAUAAGCUGAAGGAGUGAUUCCAGAAUCUUUGUAUAUUUGAUAGCCUAAGUUUUGUUUAGUACUAAAAGUUAAUGUCCUGCUAUGCAAUCAUUUAUUACUUUUUUUUUAAAGAGUUCUUCCUAAUGUAGUUUAAAACAAAGUGUAAAAUUGUGUUACUGUGCAGCUCUGGUCAGAAGAAACUUGUGGAAAUAAACUUUAUAUUUUCUUUCUUAUAGAGGCUUCCAAAAAAGGUAUUUUUAUGUUUUUUUAAAUACCGGUACUACUUUAAGAAAUCACUGUUUUGAUUAGGAGGACCAGUUUAUAUUUUGCUUGCUGUAAAUUUAGCAUACAAACAAAUAAAAAAAGGAAGUAGAAACACACAAAUUCUCUACUGUAGUUUUAACUAGUAUUGUUUGAGGAUGGAUAUAUUCAUACUUAAAGGAGAAAACCAAUGCUGCUUGUUCAAUGCAGGAGCAGUAAUUAUUUCAGGGCUUCCUUAGCCAAUGAGAAAGACAAGUCUAAAAUAUUUUGUUAUCCAGAACAAAUUCUGCCUCAGAGAUUGAGUCCUAGAGCAGUUAUAUAAAUAUUUUAUUGGUUUGUAUAACGGCUCAUCUUGCCAGUUGUGAUUCUGAGUGAACUUAAGAAACAAACAAAACCUCAGAACCCCAGAAUACAGUAAGAAAAAGAUGAGAUCUUGCACUAAUUUAUUGUGCACUAUUUUACUAAGUUUGGCUUUUCCACAAAAAGAUUAAAUUUCAUCCAUAAGUUAAAUGAAACAAUAGGCCAAUGGAAGUUCUCCUCAAUCAGGAAGAUGUUGAAAACAUACCAUGCUCUUAAUAACGUCAAAUUUUCAUUUUAUGCUUAUUUGGUUCAACAUAUCCAGUGUACUGUAAUCCAGUAAUAUAUAAAGAACAAAUUGAAUUUGCUCCCAUAGUCAUUAGAUAUAGGGCUAAUCAUAAUCACCUUAUGCCCAACCGCAAAUAUUUUAGCACACCUGUACUUUUCAUUUUUAACAUGAUUCACAGCUCAAUGUUAAAGCCUCUGCUUUACAGAUAAAAAAUCUUCCAUCUAAAGGUUCGUAUUGAAAGAAAACCAUUGGGUUACUUGCCAACUAUCUGCAGCUAUUCAUAUUAAAACGGAAUUCAUGCACAUGCUUUUUUCUCUUCAACCUCUCGUGUCUUUAUGGGCAAGAUGUCCCUUAAUGCUUACUAUAUCUGCUUUUUUAGUUUGAAAAGAGUAAUAUUAUAAAUAAAGUAGCAAGUCAACACACUGUUGGGGAGAAAGGGUUAAGGAUUUUUAUUUUAAAUUUGUUUCAAAUUCAUAUCUAAGUAUAUCAAGCAUAGAAUUUAGAGUAUCAAAAUUACAUCUGGGAUACAAAGAUUUUCAAACGUUUGAGAUAUAUUUGGGACAUAAGGUAAUAUUUUUGAUAAAGUUGUCCAAUGUUCUGAUGGUUGCUAAAACAUUUUGAAUAUAUAUGUAGCUGAAAUGUGCAACAAUGUACAUCCAAAUACCCCUCACAAUUU